CUCCUUAAUAGUUAAUUUUCCUUAGGAAAACCCGAAUUAUAUAAUGUCUAAAGAAGCAAGUAAUCUAAAAGAUAAUUCGCUAUAUUUCUUGUUCAGUGUUUUUAAAUAUGGGCUUAUUAUAAGCUCAUCCCUUUUUACUCCUAUAACCCUCGAGGCCCUGAUUGAGCCUAACAAUGUAUAUAGGACGUUCUAUUGCAUACACGUACAAAUACCAGCAUCACGCUAAAGAUUCAUACCCCUACAAGGUGUACGAAUUGUAUGUUUAAUCAGGAUCAGUACAGUGCUCAACCUCAGUCGAUGUCACUCCUUAGUCCGGCGAUGACAUUUUA